AUGCAGACACAAAACUUUUAUUUUCACUCGCUCUUAUUUUAUUUUGAAAGUUAGGAUGCCUCAUUUCCUGUUUAUUCGAGAUUCACUGCGUGCUCCUUGACGCAGCUCACUGAGGCGCUGUAGGACGACCGGAUAACGGGAUCCGAGAAGGGGGGACAGGAGCAAAACGCGUCAGUCUGACAGCCAUAGACGGGGUGCUAUUGUAUAACACGGGCCUACGGUCUGGUAACUCCAGGGUGCUGCUGCUGCCAGUAAAGGCGGCUGUUUUCUUUUUCUUUUUUCUUUUCCUUCUUCUUUCCCGCGGAGGUAAAGACGGAGCGGAGCAGCGGGGCUCGGUGUUGCAUCGGCCGCUGGCGGAGGACCUGCACAUGUCGGCGCGGUGAGGGACCGUUUGUUUCCCCGCCCUGAUACGAUUUGAGGACGGCAGGAGGAGGACGUUGUGUGAAGAGGGGUAGAGAAACCGGGACCAGAACAACAAUAUCCACCCCUGAGAAGAAAAACAUAGCAGCAGAAUAAGCAGGUGCGGCCGCUUCAAGGGUCGAAAGAGGAUCCGUUAAAAACGAGCGAGAAACACAUCCGUGAUGCGGCAGCCGAGGUGGGCCCAGAUUGAUGAUUUUAUGAUAUCAUCAUCCACCGCCAGGACCGAUCACUGAUUUUAUUGAUAAGGAGCAUCACCGUGGAGAAUAAGCUAUAGACUGACCUGGGGUCCGUUUGUAUGUUUUUUUUUUUACCUGGAUAAACCAGAGGAGGUUAAUCGGUGCCUGACUGCCUUGAUUUCUUCACAUAAGGAACUGUGUGAUCAGUUACAGACAUAAAUAUCCAAAUUUAGGCCAGUGACUUAGUGUGUAUGUGUGACGCCAAUACAACAGCAGAGAGGUGUGUGUUUGUGUGUGUGAGGAGACGCGCCUGUCUGAGCAUCAUCUGGUAACUGUACUGGCUACUUCUCCACGGGGAUGAUACACAAGCGGUUUAUCAUCUGUGCGUGAAAAACGGAAGAGUCGGGGAUGCUGCUGAUGCUGCUGCUGCCAUUUCCAGUCCGGCUCUGAUAGAGACAGCGAGGGGCACAGCACGGGACUGGACAUCCAGAAAAUAUCUCUCCUCACCUCUCCUCCGCCUCUGCACCUUCUCCCCUCCUUUAUCUCUCACCCCCUCUCCCCCUUCCUCCCUCGUCCUCCUCCUCCUCCACCACCACCACCACCACUGGAGCGUCUAUUCAUUCUGAUCAAUCGUUAAUCUAUCUGUGAUUCAGAAAUCCACCCACUUCUCCAUCCUCUUCCCCCAUUCACCCAUACACCCUCUUAAGGGCCUCUUUACGCACUCACACGCGCAAAGGCACGCACGCACCACCACUGCCGCCGCCAUCAUCAUCACCAUCAUCAUCUACAGCUAUCAUGGAGACGACCAAGCUGCCUCCGUCCAGCCCGUCCUCGCCGACCACCAGCUUCUCGGUGCCGUCCGCGGAGAAGGUGGACGGCUUCCCGCGCAGAUCGAUGCGCAGAGCCCGGCAGAGGAGGUCCCACAGCUCGUCCCAAUUCCGUUACCAGAGCUCCCAGGUGGAACUCACCCCACUGCCCCUGCUCAAAGACGCCCCGGUGGCAGAGUUACAUGAUCUGUUCUGUAAGAAGCUGCAGCAGUGCUGUGUGCUGUUUGAUUUCCUGGACUGCGUGGCUGACCUGAAAGGGAAGGAGAUCAAACGUGCGGCACUCAACGAGCUGGUGGAGAGCGUGGCCACUAGCAGAGGAGUCCUCAUAGAGCCUCUCUACCCAGAGGCCAUAAAGAUGAUUUCGGUAAAUAUAUUCCGCACUCUCCCACCCAGCGAGAAUCCAGAGUUUGACCCUGAGGAAGACGAACCGACACUCGAAGCCUCCUGGCCGCAUCUGCAGCUGGUGUACGAGUUCUUUCUGCGUUUCCUGGAGAGCCCGGACUUCCAGCCUUCCAUGGCUAAACGCUACGUUGACCAGAAAUUUGUCCUGCAGCUCCUGGAGCUGUUUGACAGCGAGGACCCCAGGGAGAGGGAGUACCUAAAGACCAUCCUGCACCGUGUCUAUGGAAAACUACUGGGCCUCCGAGCUUACAUCCGCAAACAGAUCAACAACAUCUUCCUCAGGUUCAUAUAUGAAACUGAGCACUUCAAUGGAGUCGCAGAGCUUCUGGAAAUCCUCGGCAGCAUCAUAAAUGGCUUCGCCCUGCCCCUGAAGGCUGAACACAAGCAGUUCCUGGUUCGAGUUCUUAUCCCGCUACACACAGCAAAGUCCCUUUCCAUCUUCCACGCACAGCUGGCCUACUGUGUGGUGCAGUUUAUGGAGAAAGAUGCUACAGUGACUGAAUAUAUCAUCAGAGGGCUGCUUAAGUACUGGCCAAAAACCUGCACGCAGAAAGAGGUGAUGUUCCUCGGGGAGAUUGAGGAGAUCCUGGAUGUGAUCGAGCCGUCUCAGUUCAUCCGGAUCCAAGAGCCGCUCUUCAAACAGAUCGCAGCCUGCAUCUCCAGCCCUCACUUCCAGGUAGCGGAGCGGGCUCUUUACUUCUGGAACAACGAAUACAUCCUCAGUCUGAUAGAGGAGAACUGUCAAGUCAUCUUGCCGCUGGUAUUCGCCACCCUCUACAGAGUCUCCAAGGAGCACUGGAACCAGACCAUCGUGUCUCUGAUCUACAACGUGCUUAAGACCUUCAUGGAGAUGAACAGCAAGCUGUUUGAUGACCUCACUGCCUCCUACAAAGUGGAGAAACAGAAGGAGAUGAAACGAGAGAGGGAGCGUGCAGAGCUCUGGCGAGGCCUGGAGGAGCACCAGGAGCGGCGGAUGCAGAUGCUCACCGAGGCCGCCAGGAACCAGCGCAACCUCCAGGAGCGAGGCGAGAGAGGGGACCCGCCUACCCCUUCGUCCCCGCAGACGGCUCACGCCGACCACCCUGAGCCCAAGCCUAGUGGGGCCUCUUCUUCCUCUGGAGCCGGGGAGAGCGCCACCUAGGUGUCACUCCACAGAUAUUGAAUAACACGGGGUUAAGGGACAGGGAGAAGACAUGAGAUCGAUGGUGAAAGUGUUGGGAGAGGUCAGACAGAAAAGGUACAAAACAAAUUCACUGUUCUUUUUAUCUUGUAUCAUCGAGCGAGUGGCUUUUUGUGGAAAAGUCUACAAACUCAGUGAUGCGAGGUAAAGACUGUAACUUUUUUUUCUGACAGAGUUGUGUGAAACUGGUUCACUUUUUGCUGUACACACAUCACGUUGCAGAUCAGAAGAUGAAUAUUAUCCAAAAGUGCUGACUGUCAUUUUAAUUAACUGCUGGUUUAUUAAACUGCAGGUCAGUACACAAAAUUGGUAGCUGGCCUGCUUCAAAAUCAGCCUCAGAAUAAGAGAUGAAGAUUCUCUUUUGGUGCAACACUAACAAAGUUUAACAUAUGUCUAACUUGUCUUGAUAUUUAACCAACCGAGUCUGUACUGUGGCCUCGUAUUUAUCUUUUGGUCAGAGAUACUUAUUUCAUGCGUGGAUAGCACAAUGCAUUAAUAAACAGAAGAAGCAAUUUCACACAAAUGUCCCAAAACUAUUGACCAGACCAGGCGCACGAACAUAUUACAUUUAUGGUACAUAUUUACUGUAAAUAUGAGAUGACAGAGCUACAGAGAGAAUGUGUAUGCAGGUCAAACAAGUGUCACACGCCGAUUGAUUGUUGCACCAAAAUAUUUCACACAGUUUUUUUUUUCAGACACAUACACACACACACACACACACACACACACACACACACACACACACACACACAAACAAACAACUGGUUCUGGCGCUAACUCCUCUCCCAAUCUGCCGGGUUCCACCAAAGGAUGAGCCUAAAGUCCCUCAAGUUAAAAUAACCACUGAUGAAGAUGAUGAUAAUGAUAUAAAGUACAAUACUGUUCCUUCUUCUUACUUGUUACUCUACUACUACUACUCUAAUCUACUCUAAGUACUACUGAUAAUGAUGAUGAUAAUGUUUUUAUAUAUAUACAUAUGUCUCUGGAUAUUUCUGUAGUGUAUUAUGGAAGAAACACUAGUGUAGCAGAUACCAUAAAGGGGAAGGCCAACUUGAAUUCUGGAUUCACAUCACAUGUUAAAUGUAUGAGGCCAUAAUGUGAGUGCUGAAAUUCAGUGGAAUUCCCCUUUAACAGACCUUUAAAAGGGGGAGGAAUGAACUGGACUGGAGGUGGCUGUUUUUUUCUUUUGAAAUCUUCGAUGUUUGUGGUGCAGUGGGGGUAUUUUAAAGGGGGUAUCACAUAAAAAUCCCCAAACACUUCAUGUUUAAAGAUCAUUGCUAUUUUUGUUUGUUUGUGGGGGUGGGGGUGGGGGUGGGGGGGUUGUUAAAGGUGCCCUGUGAAGAGACAAAGUUAUGCUUACAUUCAGUGUUACUCAACAAAAUGCAUUGUGUGUGUUCUCAAGGCUUGACUAAUGCGUUUCCUUCCUCACAAAAAAGUAACAUAAUUGCUUACAUUCAUUUUAACUAGCUAGCAGGCUUCUUCUUCCCUUCCUUUGUUAGCAUAUUGCCAUUGUUCAUCACACAUUAUCACCACCAACUGUUGAUCAGUGGAACAGCAUGCAACUCAUAGCAUGAUGUGAAUCAUAUGUGUUCAUGUGCAUUGUGCGUUGGUACAACCAUAAUAGGGACCCAUUAAAACAUUGCUCUAUAGCGCCACUAGCAGUGAAAAACUCCACAGGGUACCUUUAAUUUUGAUGUCACGUGGCACACGAUUUCUUUCCUUAAAAGUUCCACAACUUUACUUAUGUGUUACAUUUCAGGUUACAUUUUACAAAACUGAAGUUUAAAGCCCCCAGUUUUGGCCCAGAAAUGGUUUCCAAGCAGAUUAGUAAGCCUCACCCAACAGAGACUUCUAAAGUGCACCACAAGUGUUUCAGGCCAAAAGGAAAACGCAGUGAUCCAGUUGGACUUCUGAACCCACCGUGUCUGUUCCUUAAGGCUCAGCAGACUGAAGCUGCUAGAUGGCAACCAUGACAAUGAUAACUUGUUUUGUGAAACAACAAAAAUCUGUUUAUUCUUGUCUGAUCAUUAUGAUAGAGUGAUGGGAUAAAGAGAGGGGAAAAAAACAAAAAAAUAUUUUAGCAAUAUUUUCAUUCUUUCAGGAUAAUCUGUGUUUUUAGGGGGUUAAACAGGAGGCGGGUGUCACACUCAAAUGUUUACCCCCCACUCUUGUUUUUACUCCUGUUGCGUCCUUGAUAUUCACAUUGUCUUAAAGGUACUUUCUGUGUAAAUUUAUUUGAUGAAAAAUGAUUUUUGCUUUGUAAUUAUGUUGUUUUUUUCUUGGUUUUUGUAUGAUCUUGUUCAUUUUGUGGAAAACUGAUAAUGAUGCUAUUUAUUUUGUAUUUGAUCAGGAAGUGUAACCUUAUUUGAAGACGAUGGUCAGGUUGUGUAUGUGUGCGUGUGUGUUGGUGUGUAUCCAGUGAGUGAGUCGGUGAGCAGGAGAAGUGCUUAGACGGAGCGAUAGAGAACGAGAGCAAACAGUUUUCUCUUUGUUUCUUUUUCUCUCCCUCUCCUUCUCUCCUUCCUGAGGGACAGGGUUUGAAUCCGAAUGUAUCGCAAAACAAAUCGAUUGAUUGUUUUUUUUUUUCGUUUUUUUUUUUUUUUUGACGCUUGAGAUGCAGAGCUACCUGUCGGCUACUUUGUAACCAAACAUUCAAAAAACCCUUCAGACCAGCAGUUUGUCAAACUUCAAAUCAUGCCUGAGUCAACAAGGUUUUGAAAUCCAUUUGACUUGCAGCUCUCAGAUUGACAUUUCGAGUCUUAUUGAGCUGCAUCUUACAGAGGUGCCAUUUCAGGCCCCAGAUUUCUUUUUUGAAUGCUUUAACUUUGGUUUGAGUUUAGUUGACUUGUUCUGAUGUUUUCGGGCUGUGGUCACAUCUUGAGUAAUUAGCCCUUAGCCACCAAAAACCAACAAGUGGGCAAAAUCUUCAUCUGAAAUAUGACUGAAAGCUCCAGAAAAAGCUAGAAAUUGAGACUUGAGUUAGGAUUGCCCAUAUGCCAAUCUUAGAGCCCCUGAGAGCAAACUAAUGUCUGCUUGUGACUCCUUGGCCUUUGUGUAGACAUGAGUUGUGAGCACUUAAACCAAAGAGUGUUUUUCCCUCUUAAAUAAUUUCAACCGUAGAGUUUUCAGAGGCAAAAACACAAAAGCACAAAAAUUUGAGCAAAAUCUGAAAAAUGAAAUCCCCAUGUGUGAGAAAAGGGUUUUGUUUUGUUUCCUUAUCCUUUCACGUACCUUUUGACCCUUAAAGGGCCCCAACCCCCAGGUUGGGAACCACUAAUAUAUGCUUCUCUUCUCUACGUACCGUAAUGCUGUAUAUUUUUUCCUGUCAGGCAAUUUUUUUUCAUCUUGCUUUCACACACGACAGAAGUGUAUAGAUGCAAAGCGCACAUACUGAAUCUGGGCUGCCUGUGCUCCAUGUGCGCCAUGGAAAAUUGAUUGAUUGGUUAGGUGUAACAGCAGCCCCAAACAAACAGACACCCUCUAGCUGCCACUCGGUGCAGGCAAGUAAAACAAAUGCUCCCAUUUGAUUUCAAACCUUGUUUUGAUUCAGGCCAACAAAAAAAAAAAAAAAAAAAAAAAAAAAUCAAUAAACAAAAAAAAAUAACAAAAAAAAAAAAACCAAAAACAGAGAAAAAAAGAAACUUGACCUUGCUGUCAUAAAACUCAGCUUUCUUUCAGAUUUUUUUCAUUUUGGCUAGCUUACCCACAAACCCUCUUGAUUGUUAUUGUCAGUCGGUCAGCUGACUUGAGGACGAUGGACCCUCGGCUCCCACCGUUCUAGAAUUCUUCACUUGUAUUGAUCAGUGGUAAUAAUCCUCCCUCUAGAAUUCUGACAUACUUUCUAGAACUGCUCCGGAACAGGACGUGAGAGAAGAGAGUGUUCGUAGAGAGCUCUGGUGUCACCUCACAGACAGCCAUCAAACGCUGGUUUCAUUCACUGUCACAAUUUCCUCUCUUUGGCCGUUUCCACGUGGCCAGACUGAAACAAAUGCUUUAAAACCAAGUUGGUGUGAAUGGACUGGAUGAAAGCAGUCUGUAAAAAGAUUUUAAAAACAGAGGAGGAGAAAGACAGGGGAAAGAAAAGACAUAGAGUUAGAUACAAUAGAAUGGCAAUAAGUCAGAGCAACAGUAACAGAAUGAGAAUAUAAUGUUACCGAAACCUACUACCGCAUUACGUAGCAAUUUCACUGAAUUUCUAGAUUUGCACUGUCUGCCCAAUGGUCUGUGUUUGUUUUGUUGAAGAAAAACCUUAGAGAAGAUGACUAAGACGACGCUGACAAAGAGGAAAAAUGUAUAUUUUGGGGACCAACACAGCGGCGGGGGGGUGGGGGUUGAAUGUAGAGAGGCUUACUACUGUACGUAACAUUGCAGGGGUCUGUAGAAUGGAGAAAAAAAAACAAACUAUGUGCUAAAAAUGAAACUUCACUUUGAGAAAACA